GUCGCAUCCUCAUAGCAACACGCCCAGCAUGCGGCUCUGGAGGAUAGGCUACUGGCUGGCUGGUCUAUGUGCCCUGGGAGAGGCAGCAAAGGGCCCCGUUGUCAAGAAGACGGGGUUUGACACAUUGCCCCAGAGAUAUACAUACUUUGAGGACAGUUCCGUCAUACUAUACCACGACGGCCGGCAUGGCAGACUAUUGCGCUCAGAAGACGAUGGCGUCAAUUGGAAGCCAGUCGAGAAUGUCCCUGAUAAAUUUGUCACAGGCAUCUUGUUGCAUCCAUUCAGUGACAAGGUAGCAUUUGUCAUGGGACCCGACAAGGUACAUUACAAAACGACAGAUCGUGGUGCUUCAUGGAAGGAAUUCAAGACGCCAUUGCCGCAAUCUCAAGUACAGACGCCACUCGCGUUCAAUGCGAAAAAGCACGGUCAUAUCUUGUUUGCCGGUGAAGAGUGCGACGGCAAGGGUGGCUUCUGGGGUCGGCACUGUUACGACACGACGUACUACACAACAGACAUGUUUGACAGUAAGCCAAGCAAGAUGCGCGAGCAUACACAAAACUGUAUCUUUGCGAGAUCUACAAAGGUCUUCAAGGAAGGCGCCAAGGAUGCAGUGCUGUGCGUUGACGAGGAUGCUGACUCGAAGCAAAAGUUCCCGCUUAACCUGCGGCUUAUGGCUUCACACGACUGGUUCAAGACAGAGACGCACAUUUCAAGCGACAAUGGCCCUAUCCGUGGUGUGAUUGGGUUGGGAGCGGUGCAGACUUUCAUUGUUGCUGCUACCAGGUCGCCAGGCACAGAUGAGAUGGUGCUUUAUGUGACCGACGAUGGUGAGUUGUGGGACGUGGCUCAAUUUCCGCAUGAUCAAGAUGGACUUAAGGAGGAUGCAUACACCAUUCUCGAGUCGCGGCCUUAUGGCAUCCAGGUUGACGUGCAGCAAAGCCAUUCAUUUGGAGCUCUCUUUCUGUCAAAUUCGAAUGGCACUUACUUCACGAAGAGCAUUGACUUCACCAAUCGCAAUGACCUGGGCAUUGUCGACUUUGAGAAUGUUGCCAACGUGGAGGGCAUUGUCCUUACCAAUAUUGUCUCCAACCACAAGGAAAUGUCCAAGAGUCGCUCAGUGAACAAGAAGCUGCAGUCACGCAUCUCAUUCGAUGAUGGCCGGAAAUGGCAGCCACUCAAAGCUCCAGAGGACAGUAAAUGCAAGGUCAGCGACGAGGAUUGCUCGCUUCACCUGUAUUCUGCGGCCGCACCUCACAAUGCCGGUCGAAUUUUCAGCAGCACAGUACCAGGCAUUUUGAUGGGUGUGGGUAGUGUUGGCGAGUACCUGCUUCCGUACGACGAAUGUGACUUGUUCAUUUCCGAGGAUGCCGGUGCGACCUGGCGCUUAACGAAAAAAGAAGCUCACAAGUACGAAUGGGGAGAUCAAGGCAGUGUUCUUGUUGCUGUAUUUGACGAGGACGCUACUGAUAAAGUCUUCUACUCCUUCAAUAGAGGAAAAGACUGGGAUUCAAUUGACCUUGGCAUCAAGGUGCGUGCGCGGAUCCUUACCACGACACCCGACUCGACCACUGAAAAGUUUACGCUUGUGGCAAGCCGGGGCAAGGGAGAAGAAGACGAAAACAACGCAUACGUCUUUUCGAUCGACUUUACCGGUAUGCGCAGCAACAAAUGCAAGCUCGAUAAAACGGACGACAAGGAGAGUGACUUUGAAAAGUGGUACGCUCGCUACGAUCCUGUUGGCAAUCCGACUUGUUUGAUGGGCCACAGACAAUUCUUUUGGCGGAAGAAAGCGGAUCGCGAUUGCUAUGUCGGCGAGAUAUACGAUGACCCUGCAGCUUACGAAGAAGACUGUCCCUGUACCGACACUGACUUCGAGUGCGACUACAAUUUCGAGCGCAAGGACGGAAAGUGUCUGCCGGCCAAGCUGUCUCUCAUUAGGCCAAAAGAUGCUUGCAAGGACGGUGCCAAGACGUUCGAAGGUCCAAGUGGCUACCGACUCAUCCCUGGAAACACUUGCAAUAGGGAAAAGGGUGUCACUAUGGAUGCGCCGAUUGAACGUGACUGCGAGGGCGGCGAUUCACCUGAAGGAGACGCCCCGGAAGCAGAUGGCAAGAUCAUCACCAAGACGACCGACUUUGACGGCCACGUUCGACAGUAUUACUACUUAGAGCGCUCGGAGACUUCUUCUGGCAGUGACGAGACCAUCAUCAUGGUGCUUGACAGUGAUCAUGUGUACAAGAGUCAUGACGGUGGCAAGGUUUGGGAGCAAAUACUCAAAGACUCUUCAAUCGUCGCUGUUGUUCCCAACAGACACUUCAAGGACAGGGUGUACUUCUUCACCUCUGGUAAAGGAGCCUUCUAUUCAAAGGAUCGCGCCAAGACAAUCACACCCCUAGAGAUGCCAUCGCCACCCAAUAGACAUGGCAAGGAUAUCCUCGACUUUCAUGCCGCCAAGUCAACCCGUAUGCUGUUUACGGGCGAGAUGGGCUGUGAGUCCAAAACCGAGGGCGAGUGUCGUCCGACCUCCUUUUACACAGAAGAUGGUGGCGAGUCUUGGGAUAAGCUUCUUGAUUAUACAGAUGAUUGUCGCUAUAUUGGAUCGACCAAAGUUCAGGCGGACUCCAAACUCAUCUACUGCUCUGCCUGGGUACCAGAAUCAGACACGGAUGCCUUGCAGCUCUUUUCCUCGGUCGACUACUUUGAAAAUACAGUUACGUUGUUUACGAGUAUUGUUGGCUUUGCCGUCUUUGAAGAGUUCAUUGUUGUUGCAGAGAUUGCUGAGGGCAAGCAGUUGCAAAUGCAGUCAUCUAUUGAUGGUGAAACCUUCGCUGUUGCACAAUUUCCUCCCAAAUUCUCAGUUGAUCAUCAGCAGGCCUUCACAGUGCUCGACUCUGUCACAAAGGCCAUCUUCCUACACAUCACGACGAAUGCCCACAAAGGCCAAGAAUGGGGAUCUGUACUCAAGUCCAACUCGAAUGGUACCUAUUACGUUACCUCGCUUGAUUUUGUAAAUCGCGACUCGAGUGGCUAUGUCGACUUUGAAAAGUUGCAAGGCUUGGAAGGCGUCGCUGUGGUGAAUACUGUUGCGAAUCAUGCAGAUGUGCUCAGCAAAGGUGUGCGCAAAGCUCUGCGUACGCAGAUGACGCACAACGAUGGCGGUGUUUGGAACUACUUAACCCCACCAAAGACUGACUCGGAAGGCAAAGGCUUCAGCUGUGCAGGCAGUCUCGACAAGUGUUCGCUGAAUUUGCACGGCUACACUGAGCGUGCUGAUGUGCGGGACACCUACUCCUCUGGCUCAGCUGUUGGAAUGAUGCUUGGUGUUGGCUCUGUCGGAUCUGAAGUCUCAAGCUACGAAGAGAGCAAUACAUUCAUCAGCUCAGAUGGCGGCAUCACUUGGCGAGAAGUGCACAAGGGACCCUACCAGUGGGAGUUUGGAGACCAAGGUAGCAUUGUUGUGGUGGUCAAGGAUGGUGAGCCGACGGAUCGUGUGCUCUACUCGACCGAUGACGGCGCUUCCUGGCAAGAACACAUUUUUGCUGGCGAAAAGAUGCUCAUCCACGACAUUUCCACGGUCCCGUCUGAUACGAGUCGCCGAUUUCUGCUUUAUGCCAAGCCAGAAUCAAGCAAAGACGAGAUGCGUACCAUCAGUCUCGACUUUGCCGGUUUGACGGACCGGAAAUGUGAGCUCGACGAAAACGACAAGAGCCAUACUGACUUUUACCUUUGGACGCCAUCGCAUCCAUCCAACGAGAACAAGUGCUUGUUCGGUCAUGUUGCCGAGUAUCAUCGCAAGGAUCCUGCCAAGACGUGUUAUGUUGGCAGCAAGAUCCCUGCGCUACACAAGGUCUUGCAGAACUGUACCUGCUCUCAUUAUGACUUUGAGUGCGACUUCAAUUAUCAGCGCGCUUCAGACGGAACCUGCCAAUUGAUUCCAGGGCUGGCGCCACCAGAUCACGCGCAGAUUUGUACACAAGAGGGCGUUGUUGACUGGAUGGAACCUACUGGCUACCGCAAGAUUCCUUUGACGACGUGUACUGGCGGUCAAGCAGUCGACGAAGGCACGCGGCAUCCUUGUCCCGGACAUGAAGAAGAGUUCCGCAAGUCUCGGAAGCGUCUGGGUGGAUUUUGGUUAUUCAUGCUGGUUGCAUUGCCAUUUGGCUUGGCUGGGUGCGUCGGUUACAUUGUCUAUCAGCGCAUGGGAUACAGUCAAUUGGGUCAAAUCAGACUUGGCGAUGAUGCGCUUGGUGCAGGUCCAGGACGGCCCUCAGCGGCAGAUUUGCUGGAGUACCCUAUCAUUGCGAUUUCUGCGGUGGUUGCACUCUUGUCUGCAAUACCCAUGAUGGCGAAACUGACCUAUGGGGCAGUGUCACGUCGCUUUGGUCGGUCGAGUCCCUUUGACUCGCGCGGUUCAUUUGCACGCAGCGGGUAUGACCCACUGGCUCGGGAAGAUGCUGGUUUAUUGUCGGACGAUGAUGACUUGUAAUGGCUAGCUUAGGAUGGCAAAGAUGAUGAUAUGUGCAUGAUGAGGAACAAGCGCUAUAAAUGAGAUGCUGAUGCAAUGUAAUCAUUAUUGUUCUUUGGCACGCUGAACUUGUGACGGCGCGUUUGGUAGUACGACAUCGGAGAAAUCAUCUUGCUUGACCGCUGUGAUGGAGUAAGUGUAGACUGAAGCGAUGAAGCCGACGAGGGCAAGACCGAUGGCCGCAUUGCCGAGUUUGUAUGGACUGCGUGCCCGCUUCAGCGCGUCCGAAACACCGAAGCCGCGCGGAUUGUGGUAGGAGUGUGUCCCUUGGGCCA